ACAGACAUACACUCUAGAUCAUUUUUUCUUAGAGCUGAAAGUGUCCCAUCAUAAGUUGUGUUCUCACAUAGCCCAAGUCUGUGUUGCCUGUAGUCUUAAUGUGUCCCCCUCUCACCCUGUUUUUGAGAAGAAGAGACCAUGGAGGCUCUUACAGCUGAAUACGAGGAGGAGGUGGAAGAGGAGGAGGAGGAGGAGGAGGAGGAGAGUGCAGAGGCAGCAGAGUCCGAGGCAGCUCUUGAUGAGCAGCAGUGGAGCGGGGAAGAGCCCGAGCUGGACAGCCCCCAAGCUGAACCCUUAGAGCAGGCAGAGGCCAUAGACGUGGCCCAGGAUCUAGACCUGGAGCCGGCUGAAGCAGCUAGUGCUGCUGCAGAAAGCUCUAUGGACAGAGAGGAGGAGGAAGCAGAGGGUGAGGAAUGCCCUGAGACAGGUGUGUCCUGCCCUCUGCUCUCCCUACCUGCAUGUCACUGCAUUGUCCACUGUAUAAGAACGCCAGAUGUGUUAAAAGGAACCCAUAAGCAUAUAACAUAAGCAUUAUAAUUCAGGUGGAAUGGCAAGUUAUCCUCCCUGUGCUCUGCUGUGGCUGCAAGGCAACACAGGCUUGUUGGUGAAAAGAGUCACAUUCUUUUGACUUAACCUGGUUUUAUUGUAUGCUAUCUUUGCGCUUAUAUCUUCUUUUUUGUGCUGUGGUUUUCGGGGCCGGCCGUUUCAUAUUGGUAUGAUGAAGUGAAGUGUUGCUGAGCGUAACAAUGCUUUCGUUCACCGGCUAGAAGCUUACAGGUUCUCAUUAUGUUUAUACAUGGCUUGGUGCUGGUAUGCCAGUGUUACGCACUUUUUGUAACCAUGAAUCAUACAUACUAAAGGUGCAUCACUUAUAUUGUUAUCAUAAUUCUGUGUACGUAAUUUGCAGAGGAUUUUGUGUUGGCUGUCUCAUGUUAAGUGUGGUAUUGUUGUCUCAUUCAAUGCAUUAUUUUAUCAGCAAAAUUCAUUUGUUUGUUUUCGUCACCAUUAGCAACAGUGUACAUAUGGCAUUUCUCUGUCAUUUGCCAACAAGGUUUUUGUGUAUUUUUGCUAAUAUUCUUUUAAUUAGGUAAUGACAUAUGAACGUCAUUAAGAGCCAAAAUGAAUUUGAUGUUAAUGAAACUAAGAUAGAUUUGAACUGGCCAAUACAAAGAAUGACAGAAAUGCUAUUCUUUUUGUAUCUGAUGUUUUGAAGAUUCGCAUGGAUAUCCAUUCCAUCUAUUGUGGCUUGUUUCUCAUAAAUCAGCAUCACAGUUGCCUCAUGCCGGUUCCGUCACAUUACAUGCCAUACUCUCAUCCAUCUGUGACUUGGUGGACUCCAUUAUCUCGCCGUACUUCUUCAGUGAUGGCCGUAUCGUUGUGCUGUAAGUUUCUGAGGUGGGCUUUGCCUGUUUGUGAUAACGGCUUACCCAGUCCCCGGCUUAACAAAUAUCUCACUCGCAGCAUGCCAAAGCAUUACUUAAUAUGGUGAUCAAAACAGCCAACUUACAGAUGUC